ACGCGUGAUGUGUGUGGGACAUAAUGGUGGAUAGGUAGGGAGCAUACUUUAGCUCGGUAAGAGUAGCACAUCAACUGUUGAUCAAUUUCCAGUUGUUGCUUUGGACUCCGCGCUCCCUCUGACUCGACAAUCCCCCCGCUGAUUCUCAUCGCUUGAACGGAACGACGCCCUGGACCGUAAAAAAAUGCCAAAUAUCAAAAUAUUCAGCGGUAGCUCACAUCCGGACCUGUCUCAAAAAAUAGCAGACCGCCUGGGUCUCGAAUUGGGGAAGGUUGUGACCAAGAAAUUCAGCAACCAAGAAACCUGCGUGGAGAUAGGGGAGAGCGUGCGCGGGGAAGAUGUCUACAUUGUGCAGAGUGGCUGUGGGGAGAUCAAUGACAAUUUGAUGGAGCUGCUGAUCAUGAUCAACGCCUGCAAGAUCGCCUCGGCCUCCAGGGUCAGCGCCGUCAUCCCCUGCUUUCCCUACGCCCGGCAAGACAAGAAGGACAAGGUGGGGAGCCGUGCCCCUAUCUCUGCCAAGUUGGUCGCCAACAUGUUGUCAGUGUCGGGCGCUGACCACAUAAUAACCAUGGACUUGCACGCCUCACAGAUACAGGGAUUCUUUGAUAUCCCCGUGGAUAACUUGUAUGCAGAGCCAGCUGUGCUGAAGUGGAUCAAGGAGAACAUCCCUGAAUGGAAAAACUGUAUCAUCGUCUCCCCUGAUGCAGGAGGAGCCAAGAGGGUCACCUCAAUAGCGGACAGGCUGAAUGUGGACUUUGCUCUUAUUCACAAGGAGAGAAAAAAGGCAAACGAGGUCGACCGCAUGGUGCUCGUCGGGGAUGUAACGGAUCGGGUCGCCAUUCUGGUGGACGACAUGGCCGAUACGUGUGGUACAGUCUGCUAUGCUGCUGACAAGCUAAUUUCUGCCGGUGCCACUAAGGUGUAUGCCAUCCUAACCCAUGGCAUAUUUUCUGGUCCGGCUAUCUCGCGCAUCAACAACGCAUGUUUUGAGGCAGUGGUGGUCACCAAUACAAUCCCUCAGGAGGAGAAAAUGAAACAUUGUCCCAAAAUACAGGUUAUCGACAUCUCCAUGAUCCUUGCAGAGGCCAUCCGUAGAACUCACAACGGCGAGUCCGUGUCGUACCUGUUCAGCCACGUCCCGUUGUAACGAACGGUGCCCGCGGUCGAACGUGUGCUGUCGACACCAAAUGAGAGAAGAGGGAAUUCCCCCCGACCCGAACUACUAACAAAGAUAUCCUCCUAAUUAGCAGUGAAAGCAACCAUCAUGUCUGUUACUAACGCUGACCCCACCUCACACGAGCCACUUCCUUUUCGAACGGUGUCCUUUCAUCUCCAGGGCGCCAAAGCCAUUUCAAGUUACCAAUUUAGGCCGAUGUAUUUAUUGUAGAUGGAUAAAUGAGCGUUUAUCUGCCGUGAAUGGUGUCCUUUUUUUUCAACGUGUAGGUAUAGAUUUUCUCUUGACCAUCUUGCCCCCUCCGGGAGUCGCCUGAAAUGUGUCGUCAACGAGCUUAUAUAAAUAUCUCUGGCAUGUCCCAGUGGUCAGGAGAAGCAUCUGGCAUAUAAAGCUGUUACAGUGCUGUUUUUGUUACAACGAGCGGGUGUAGUUUUCAUGUUGCUCUUGCAUCCUUUGCUGUUUGAAAGAUUAUACUGAAUGAAACGAAUGUGUAUUGAACUAGUUUACAGUGCCACUGAAGCUCCACUCAACCAUGAGUGCCUCAACAGUCUGAAAAGAAAUCUUCCUCCAGUUUUAACCCAUUUCCCUCCCUCUCGUUUUACCAUUUGUUUUGAAUCUGAAUCAAGUGUGUCUUAGCAGGCUGUGUCAAUGUGUCGGCGUGUUUCUUUCAACUCUUGAGGCCCCUCUCAUUGAGUGGGGUUUGUCCGGUGUCAGAGAUUUACCCUCAAGGGUCUACCGUAAAGAUCUUUCUAGAGAGAAGCUGUUGGGUUUUUAGCUUGAGGUCUCUGCAGGCUGGAGCUUCCUUCAGAAAUGUUACCAGUUGUUUUGUUUUUGUUUCGUUUCUUCCUUUUUUGUAUGUCUGGAGGGACUUGUCAUUUACGUUUGUGUGUUUGUUUUCAGUAGGAUGAAUGCGCCAGUUAUUUGAGGAUGCAUUCCUAAUAAAAUCAAAUAUGCGUACAAUCUUAAA